AUGGCCGCCGCGUUGCACAAGCCCCUGGGCGCGAUCACCGCCGACGACCUCGCCGCGGCGGCGCCUGGGUCGGACGCCACCGCGCUCCACUCGGCGCUCCGGCGCGCGCUCGACUCGCACGGCCCCGCCGCGGUGUGGGGAACUCUGCCGGUCCGUGCUCCGUCCGUCCGUCCCUUCGCCGUCCACCGGAUGCUCUACUACGGCUGCUUCGCCGGGUUCCCGUCCCCGACGCCGCCGGCCUGGACCCCCGACCCCAAGGAGGCUGCCUUGACCAAUGUCGGCCGUGUCCUGGAGGCGCGCGGGAAGGACUUCAUCGGCGACGCGUACAAGGAUCCCAUCACCAGCUUCCCAGACCUCCACAAGUUCUCCAACGAGAACCCAGAGGCGUACUGGAAGAUGGUAUUUGAGGAGAUGGAUGUCGAAUUCAGUGUAGAGCCAUCCUGCAUCUGGAGAGAGAACGCUGCGUAUCCCGGUGGCGAGUGGCUACCAGGCGCCGAGCUGAACGCUGCUGCGAAUUGCUUGACUGCUAAACCCGGGAGGAGCUCCGACAGUCCAGCCAUUGUAUGGAGGGAUGAGGGGAAGGAUUCUGAGCCUCUGAACUUUAUGUCCCUAGAGGAAUUGAGGAAGAAAGUUUGGUGGGAUUACAUCCUUCGUGAUGACAAAGAACUGCCAUUGUACAGUAGAGUUGUGGAGGCUAAGGCCCCUAUGGCAAUUGUGAUUCCUGUAAGGGGGUCUUUGCCAAUAAAGGGACUACGUGUUGACGACCUUUCCUGGCAAGAUUUCCUUGGAAAGGUUAAUCAUACCGAGGCGGAAAAUUACACUGCUGUUAAGCAACCUGCCUAUGCAUUCACCAAUGUCCUAUUUUCAUCAGGGACCACAGGGGAGCCCAAAGCAAUUCCAUGGACACAUAUAACACCCCUAAAGGCAGCUGCGGAUGGAUGGUGUCACAUGGAUAUUCGUAAAGGAGAUGUUGUUUCAUGGCCAACUAAUCUUGGUUGGAUGAUGGGUCCUUGGCUUGUUUAUGCCUCCUUACUGAAUGGAGCUUCCAUGGCUCUGUAUAAUGGCUCCCCAAAUAGUUCAGGCUUUGCAAAGUUUGUACAGGAUGCUAAGGUGACAAUGCUUGGACUGGUACCCAGCAUCGCUCGUACAUGGAAGAAUACAGACUGUACAGCUGGACUAGACUGGUCCUCCAUCCGAUGCUUUAGCUCAUCUGGGGAGGCAUCCAGUGUGGAUGAUUAUUUAUGGCUGAUGGGAAGAGCUGGCUACAAGCCAGUAAUUGAGUACUGUGGAGGCACAGAGAUUGGUGGUGGAUUUGUUACUGGAUCCUUGCUGCAACCUCAAGCGUUGUCUGCAUUCAGCACACCUGCCAUGGGUUGUAACCUAUUCAUUCUUGAUAGCAGCGGGAAUCCUUUGCCACAAGACUGUGUGGGUAUUGGUGAACUUGCACUUGAUCCAACUUUAUUUGGAUCAUCAACAACACUUCUGAAUGCUGAUCAUCAGGAGGUUUAUUUCAACGGAAUGCCAGAAUGGCACGGGAAAAUCCUCCAUGAGCAUGGAGAUGAAUUUGAGCGUACUUCUGACGGGUAUUAUAGGGCUCAUGGGCGUGCAGAUGAUACAAUGAACCUUGGUGGAAUUAAGGUUAGUUCCAUUGAGAUUGAGAGGAUCUGCAACAGAGUACAUGACGCCAUCGUUGAAACAGCAGCUAUCGGGGUUCCACCUGUAGGGGGUGGCCCUGAACAACUAACCAUAGCCGUCGUGUUGAAAGACCAGAGCUCACAAGUAGAGGACUGGAACCAGCUGAAACUAGCAUUCAACGUGGCUCUGAAGAAACUGAACCCUCUGUUCAAGGUUUCCUCCGUCGUUGUGGUCCCAUCUCUCCCUAGAACCGCCUCUAACAAGGUCAUGAGGAGAGUCCUGCGCAAGGAGUUCAGCCAGGCAGCCCAGGCAAAGCAUUCGAAAAUAUAG